AAGCUGAGCUGCAAGGAAAGAGAAGAGGAGAGCCACUUUUUGUGUGAGAAACACUUCUUCUGCAUUUUAGAGAGAGAACCAGAACCAAGAGAGAAGAAGGAGUUAGGGCUUGGCUUCAAAGGAGGUUUUGGGAAGAUUUCCCCAAGGAAAUCCCAGCUCAAGGUUGAAGAAGAG